AUGGUAGAAGCUGUACCCUCAGCUUCAUCCAGCGACAAGCGGAAGGCACAAAACCAAGCUGCUCAACGCGCUUUUCGCGAACGCAAGGAACGCCAUAUAAAGGAUCUCCACGAUCGGUUCGCCCAGCUACAGCAAAAUAUAUCAGUUCUCCGUGAGGAAAAUGACCAAAAGCGGCAAGAAAUCACCACAGCCCUAGCGGAGAAUCAUACUCUUAAGGAGUUAGAGUCGAUGCCGGCUGCGUUCCGACAUGAUUUAACGCCUAUCUUGACGUACACGAGUUUCGCAGAUAUGGUCGCGCCAGGUGACCAUAAUAAGCAGCCUACGCACCGCGUUACAACUGAUCCGGAUACUGGCGAGCGAUUUAUGGACUUGGGUGCUGCUUGGGAUUUCAUUCAACAACAUGCAUUGUUUCAAGAAGGCAUGCUCGAUCUUGAAAAAGUAUGCAACUACUUGCGGGAACAGGUGCAGUGUGACGGUCAAGGGCCGGUCUUUGUGGAAAAUUGUGUUAUCCAUGCAAUCGAGGCUAGUGUAACCGGAAUGCGAGUUGAUCAGCCUAAUGCGCUUGAUUCCCAAGCCUAA